GAGGAAUUUUCCCUGCGGGCGUAUUACUCGACAUUGAGCACGAUAAUCAAUUUCAAACCACUCUUUGCCACUGAUCGACAAGCACAAUAAAACAAUGCCAGCCACAAUCCUCCCAACCUGGCCCCAUAUCGUUUUUGCUAUAUUUGAGCCCAUAACCCUGAUCGGCGGCUGGUUAGCUCCAAUCUUCGACCUGCAGGGAUUCAUCGUCGGCCAGAUACCAUUAUCCCCUGCGCCGGAGGAGCUGGAAGUCCAGGCAACUUCCUUCGCCCUCGCCUAUCAGCUGGCGAAUGUUUACGGGCUUAUGGCGCUCCUUGGCGCCGGCGUGCUCUACGCCACCUCGGAGCCGAAGGUGCUGCGCAACUACUUGGUCGCUCUGGCCAUUGGUGAUGUAGGGCAUAUCUACGUGACCUACCUUGCCAUGGGCCCAGCGCUUUUCUUUGAUGUCGGUGGGUGGAAUGCGCUCACCUGGGGCAAUGUUGGGGUUACGGCCUUUCUGUUUGUGAAUCGGCUUUUGUACUGCCUGGGUGUUUUUGGGUAUGCUGAAGGUGGCUCCGUGAAGGAGCCGAAGAAGCGGGUCUGA